GUCGCCAGCGUCGCGAGUGUGGAGGCUGUCUCAUUCCGCCGCGGGCCCUCGUGGAGCCCAACGGUGCAUCGUGCGCGCAGCCUGCUCCAGCCGACGGCCGCGUGGUCGCUCCCGCGACACUGGGCGUACGUACGCUCGCCCCCUCUCUGCGUGGUUCCCCCGCCGGAUCUCGCGUUGCCGACGCCGUUGUCGGGGCGCACCGACCGAAUUGUCCCAUCUUGAGAGCAGCGCGGCGAUCCUCCGGGCUCGCUCACGCCGACAGCAUCAACGCCGAUCUCCACCCGACGGUGUCCCGCGACCAGGUGUCGGUCGCCGGCUCUUCCUCGAGAGGGAUUACCCACUGUCUGCCGACGGGAGAGGCGUCGCAACGUCGCUUUCCAAGCUGCGUCGACGGAAGGAAGCAAGCAGCCUGAAGGAACCCUCGGCCCAGCUUCCUGGAGUGCCAUGGGUGAGCGCUUAACAUGAGGAGCAGCUCCUGGAGCCUCUGCAUUCUGGUCGCCCUUCUGAGCGAGCUUGGCCCGCCCGUCAAUGGCUACGGCAGCUCGACCAAAAGAUGCUUCCAGCCCGGCAAGAGCUACCCGAAGCCUGCUCCUCGGAUCAUGUACAUCAAGGGACAGGCACGCACCAUCGUGGUCGAGACGACUCGUAGGCCGACGCACCGUCUCAUCUCGCACAUUUUCAAGAUCCUGGUGACCGAAUUGCUAGGCUACCAAAACGUGACUCUGCGCCUCACCAACAACUCCAACGUGACGGAUGCCCUCCGGAGAAUCACUAGCUGCGCAUCGCCACACAACUGCAGCGAUAAUGACGACCCUCAAACCAUGGUUAACCUGGAAUUGUGGCUCGGUCCGGGCUACAGCCUCGAGCCCUGGCUGGCAACUGGGCGAAUCAUCGACUGUGGUCCUCUUGGCCCCAUUGGGAGGUCUGGCUGGUUCGUGCCGUUGUCGACUGUUGAGAGAUUCUGGGAGAAGCACGGCAUGGUGCUGGAUCACUGGCGGUCCUUUCGGUCUCCCAACGUGACCGUGCUGAUGAACAGACUCCACGACAAGCUUCUGCACGAAUACACUAGGACGCCAGACAAGACUGGAUUCUUGUGUAAUGCGUCUCUGUGUGUCAACGGCAUCUACGAGCCUCCCAUCUGUCGCAAACACAAGGGAAAGCUGCCCUGUGCCACGCUCAUCGCCGACUACCCAGAGAGCACGUACUACAUGCUCACCUCCGAGAUCGAGUCCCUCAAGCUUCGCGUCAACGUGGCUUGGGUGGGCAAGCGGCUCGAGGAGUACGUGACCACGGCGCUGGCCCGGAACGAAUCCGUCGUUUUCUACAACUGGAAGCCCAACACGCUCACGACCUCGAGCAACGUCGUUCACAUCGCGUUCCCCCAGUGCGAGGACAGGGCGCUGCAGGACUUUCAAGACAACCCGGACAACGCAAAGUGCGAGUUCGAGGUCAACCACAUGGAGAAGGUGGUGUGGUCCAAGCUGAAGGACAGUGUUCCUGACGUGUACGACAUCGCCCAAAAGAUAUCCUUCAAGCAGGACCAAUACGAGCAGAUGCUGGACUUGUACAAGCGCGAGUCGACCCGCGAUCGAGACUACAGCGACAUCGCCUGCACCUUCCUGACCCAGAACGAACACCUGCUCCACGAAUUCGUCACAGGCGAUCUUGGGGACAAGCCCAAGCUCUACAUCGGGGGAAUCUUUCCUGUCUCGGGCAUAUACAAGCGCAUGAGCGGAGUGCUCACCGCGGCGCGCAUGGCUAUGGAUGCCAUCAACCGUUCCCCUCACAUCCUAAGCGAUUUCCGGCUCGUCAUCUUGGAGCAAGACGGCCAGUGCGCUCAGGAUGUCGUCAUGAAGCGCUACAUCGGCUACGUCACCAACAGCACCUACAAAAGCCUCAUCGGCAUCCUCGGGCCUGCUUGCACGGAGACACUGGAACCCAUCGUGGGUGUGGCCAAGCACUACAACACGGCCAUUAUCAGUUACAGCGCUGAGGGGGCACUCUUCUCGAAGCGCGAGAAGUACCCCUACUUCUUUCGGACCAUACCUGAAAAUCACAUGUACAGGUACGUGUACAUGAAGCUACUGGAUGCGAUGAGCUGGCGUCGCGUGGCUGCCCUGACCGAGGACGGACACAAGUACAGCGAGUACCUGAACCUGCUGCACGACGACAUGCAAAAGCGCGGGCUCACGUUCAUCACCAACCGAAAGUUUCCGCACGACCACAGCACGCACAACGCGACCCACCACCGGACGCACUUCAACAUGUCGCAGUACUUGGCCGACUUGAAGGCCCGAAACGCGCGCAUCAUCAUCGGGGGCUUUGACGAGGACGCCGCAAGGGCCAUCAUGUGCGAGGCCUACAAGCAGGGCAUGACUGGUGCGCACGGUUACCAGUGGUUCCUGCCCACGUGGCUGGCUCAGCAGGAAUACCGGGACCGACAGUGGUACAACACCGAGCACUACAAUAAGUACCACAAUGAGAGCGUCAACUGUACCGUGAGCCAAAUGAGGAAAGCUCUCGAGGGCUACAUGAGCCUGCACCCAAAGUCGUACGCCGACGACAACGCCAUAAUGCAAGAGAACCGGACCGUCGGCGACUGGAAGGCGCUCUACAAGCAAGUCGCCACUGCUCAGGGCAAAGAAGACAGUGAAUACGGCGGCUAUGCGUACGACGCCGUCUGGGUCUUCGCCUUGGCACUAGAAGCUCUUUUCCAAAGAAAUCACAGUCACACCUCCACGCUGCACGACGAUCGAACUUUCCAGGAGCUGAUAUCACUCAUCAACGAGACGAACUUCAAUGGUGUCUCCGGUCAUGUGCGCUUCUACAAAUCCAGCCGUCUCACGGACGUUCUCAUCAAACAGUGGGUGAACGGCACCCAAGUUCACGUGGGUACUUAUAACCCGGGUUAUGGAGAUGACAGCGAUAAGCUCCUGCUGGGCCCUCAAGGUCCCAUGAAACCGAUUUUCUGGCCCUCCGGCAGCAACCCAGGGGACGGAAGCGAAGACCCGGCCACUUGUCCCCUGGAGGGUCUCCGCAGUUUGCUCGGAACGAGCUGCGAUCUUGCCAUUGUGGUGGCUAAUGUAAUUGGCCUGGGGCUUUUCGCCCUUAUCAUGAUCGGAGGGUGCAUCAUCUUCAAGCAGAGGUACGAGAAAAGGGUGAAGCAAACCGAAGCCCGCAUGCGUGAACUCGGCCUGCUCUCGUCGAACAACGUGCUAUCCCUGGACGGAUGGGAGAUGCCUCGAGACUACAUCGUGAUCAAUCGCAAGCUGGGCGAAGGGGCCUUCGGCACCGUCUACGGAGGAGAGGCCUUCGUCCCCGACAAGGGCUGGGUCGCCGUCGCCGUUAAGACACUCAAGGUCGGAGCCAUCGUCGAGGAAAAGCUGGACUUCUUGAGCGAGGCCGAGAUGAUGAAGCGCUUCGACCACAAGAACAUCGUGCGCCUUCUCGGCGUGUGCACUUCGGGAGAGCCCGUGUACACAGUCAUGGAGUUCAUGUUGUACGGGGACCUCAAGACGUACCUGCUGGCUCGGCGUCACUUGGUCAAGGAGACCAAUCGCAACGACUCGGAAGAGGUGUCGGACAAGUGCCUCACGGCCAUGGCUCUCGACGUGGCGCGAGGACUGAGCUAUCUGGCCGACCUCAAGUACGUGCACCGGGACCUAGCCUGUCGCAACUGCCUCGUGAAUGCCGGAAGGACCGUCAAGAUCGGAGACUUCGGCAUGUGCCGGCCGAUGUACGACUCCGAUUACUAUAGGUUCAACAAGCGCGGCAUGUUACCUGUACGGUGGAUGGCGCCCGAGAGCUUAAUCGACGGCAUCUUUACCACCAUGUCCGAUGUAUGGAGCUACGGAGUGCUACUAUACGAGAUCGUCACCUUCGCCAGCUUCCCGUACCAGGGCCUAUCGAACAACCAAGUGCUCGACUUCGUGAAGAACUUCAACACCCUCCCGGUGCCCAAUGGCUGCAAGCCCGAGCUGGAAGCCCUGUUGUUUCGCUGUUGGACUAGAUGCGCCCAGCAACGGCCCACUGCGUGCGAGAUUGUCGAGAUCCUCGCCAACGACAGUAGCCUCAUCUCCCCGUGCCUCGAUCUGCCGUUGGCCAGCGUUCAAGUGGAAGGCACAGACUCCUUGGAACUGACUUCCAUCGGAGAUCGUAACCGGUUGCACUCCAUUUCGUCACUGGGCCGAAAGGCCGAGCCACCGCCGCCUCUUCCGCUGAACGACACCAACAGGGCCCCACUCGUGAACGCCGCCGUGCAGCAGCCGGGCUCGCCGUCCGACCUCCCGCGCAACCAGUACGUCACCCUGCGCCAGUCCUUUCGCUCCACGGGUCAAGUCGACGGCUUCGCCCAGUGCUCGGCCCAAAACAUGACGUCUCUAUGAGCGUUAGCAAGGCCCUGUAGUGGUGCCAUACCACUUCAGAGUUCCCUGCAGUGUGUAGCAUUUCGCGCGCGUGUGUGCUUCCCGUCCGUAGAGUCCAAAAAAGUUUUUGCAUCCCUGACACAUGGACCCUGGUUCGCUCAAAAGAUCGACGUGAAAGUGUGCCUCUGACGUUGCUCUCCAACACCUGGCAGUAAGCGUCCAGCUGUCAAUUCAGAAUGUCAUCCUAACCAUCGGCGACACAUUCGCUCGUGACCCUCAAAGGUCGCGGACAACUCCACAUUGUGACUUUCGCGUUCAUAUGUGGCGGCACGGGAUCAUUAACGUGCGUGUCGGAUCGUCAAUGUACUCUUUGCUUACCACUCUCCAACGUCAGUCCUGCGAACUUGCCCUCCGAAUGCGCAGCCACGGAUCUCUCAUUGUUCUGGUCUGCUGGCCAGACAGAUCCAUAUGCCCUGCUCCGCCUGCUCUUCGACCGUGCUUAUUCACGAGACAGUGCAGCCGUUUUCCAAUCAAUCCAGCGUCGAGCGUUGACCGCUCGUGGACACUGCAACGGUAGCCCAGCUGUGCCGAGGCUUCGUAGCCUGGAUACACUUCAAGACGGCCAAGACUCAUCGCUUAUCAAACGCCCUUCUAGUCCUUCACCGAACGAACAAAAUGUGCGACAAGUUGUCACUUCAUACGUGGUGUUCGUGUACUUUUUCGCUUGUGAAAAUGCAGGGUGUUUCAGCGUAGGCAACUCUUUCGGGGAACAGACUGCCAGCCUUGGCGGACGUCGAGGAGUGUAAGAAAUAUACUAAUUAGCCAAGUGAUUCACUAACAUUGUAUAAACUGUCUUGUAAUGAAAAUAGGCAUAUGGCUCCCAUGAGAAACAUCUUAAGCAUCAUCGAGCACGACUAAAUCAACUUAUUCUAGAAAGGUUUAAGGCAGGGGCAACACUUCACGGCGGCCUCCCCCCCCCCCCCCCCCCCCCGCCCCUUUUCAAAAAAAAAAAAAAAAAAGUGCACCAUACUUUUUUUUUUAUUCAACGAGGGACUUUAGGUGGUAGUUUCGCGCCUCGGUCACCGAGGAGCAUGGCCGCUGGCCCAAAGCUACGCUCGGAUAGGAAACCGAAACCUAGAAACGUGUCCAAAGUAAGCGUAUUUUUUGAACGCCGUAGAAACUCUGGCCCUGUUGUGUAGCUUUCUGAAAUGAGUUGAUUUAGUGGUUUCGGGCAUGCUUCGCAAGUUUCUCCUUGGAACCACACGUUUAUUUUCCCUGAUGUUAAAAUAACUACUCAAUUUUAGUUAUUCAUUCAGUUAAUUAGUAUGUUUUUGCACUUCCUGGGAUGUCCGCUGUGGAUAACAAUUUGUUCCCGGAAGGAGUUUUUUUUUUAAGUCUAUUAUUUUAUUUCUAGGGAUUCUUCAAAGCCUUCGCUGAAACACCCAGUAUGCAUACAUAUAUACAUAUUAUAACAGUAAUUACUGUGCCUGCGUCGUUGUGUUGUUCAGAGAGCUAACGUGGAGACGUAGGGCGCUUCGAGCUGCCCAAGAUGGUGUGUUCUCUACUCGAACUUCGAAGCGUCGAGAGUUUGCGGCUACAAAUUUCCCUAGUUCUUGCUCCCGCUUUCUUACGGUGCUGUCUUUCUUCUUUAGUUACAUAAAGAAUACUCGUUACUAAGUUAUUUCAAAGUGAACUAAAACGUACUUAUUUGUUUAUUCUCGUUUGUUGCCUUUAUAAUUUCGUAGCAGCAAAUAUCUGCCCGCGUGUGUGUGACGGGUCCUUCAUGGUUACUAAUAUUUCCUUUUUUUGAUUGAAAAAAAAUGCGCGUUAAUAUAGACUUCAACCAAACACGUUCAUGAUUAGCUGAUAAGCAUAUUUCUGGGAACUGUCCCAGGUUUCAUCUGCGCAGAUGUUGAUCAUGCUGUGUUUGUAGUUUAUCGAAUACAUAUUUCUAAACGUGUUGGCAAAGGCUCGGAUAUUAUAUAGAAUGUUUAUCGCCUGUUAAAACCCUUGAAAAGUUUAAUCUUGAGAGAGCAGUUGGAAUCUUUUCAACGGAAGACAAUAAAACUAAUCGAAUUAAUUGCACAAUUCAGAUCUUCAAACAAAUAAACCACAUAAAAUUUGAAAAUAAAAAACAAACUAAUUUUCGAUGUAGGAAACGAAAAUGAAGAAAUACAUUUUCGUGUGUUUUAGUAAAUCACAUAUGACGAUACUAUUGAGUAUUCAUACGAAUAUAGUCUUUGCAACUGUGACGAAAGUGUGGCGUGAAAUUUGAAUUACCAAAAAAAGGAAGUAAGCUUUUCGAGGAACACGAUGCAGGUUUUAUGUUCAAACCGAGUUCUUAUUAGUCGGCCCUUCGUUUCGCAAACUUCGCAAGCCUAGAGGCGUAGUUUUCUAAUCGCGUGCAGCAGAUGAACCCGAGUUGAACCAGUUGAACGACCUUCGAGCAUCGAAAGUACAAAGGGAUUGUCGCAAUCGUGACUCGCAUUCGCGUCGUACUCGAGUCAUUUACAAAUAAAGAAAACAAAAAGCUUUAAUUCAUGUGCUUGUCAAUCUACGACUUUGCUCGGGAGCCGUCGGACACGACCGUGUCAAUGAGUCUUCGUGGUUCCGUCAUAUGAAUGCUAGGGAAUCCUCACCAAUAUCGUCUACCGUCUCUCAAUCCCUGGGAACAUUCCAGGAAACGUUUUGUCCUGAUAUUUGUGCAUUAUAUAGUGUUGCACGUUACCGGCCAAAUCGUUGCUACGAAAAGUACCUGUUGCACAGAAAGACGAAAUCAAAGGUUGAUGUCGUAUUGGUCUCUGCCAAGGGGUCGAUUUGGUGAAAUAAGUGGUAUAAU